AUGACUUCCAUGGUUUUUAGUCGAUUUGUUCGUUCAUUGGUUCGGCCAACUCAAGUGCGCCAACUCUCGAUGACAACGGGUUUAUUUGGUAUGUUAAUGUACGAUUACUUGCUGAGCUUCUCUGUUAUUUUACUAAAUUAAGGUACGAUGCAUUUCUGAUCGAAAGUUUUGUCAAUUUUUAUAAAACGCCCCAAAUUUUUAUAUUACUUUAAGAAAAUUUCGUAAAAAUUUGUAAUCAUGUAUGUUUAUUGUGUGUAUUUUGUAAUUUCAGACCGGUUCUACACGAAGAAGCACGAAUACAUCAGUGUGGACGGGUCCAAAGGCACAGUCGGAGUAUCAGAUUUUGCUCAGAAAUCCCUCGGAGAUGUUGUUUAUGUGGAGCUGGCGGAGAAAGGCGCCCAAGUGGAGAAAGGAGACACAGCCGGAGCCAUUGAGUCAGUAAAGUCGGCCUCAGACAUCUACAGUCCUGUCUCGGGCACCAUCACCGAUGUAAACAAUGCAUUGGACGAAAAACCGCAGCUGAUCAACAAAUCCCCUUAUGAUGAAGGUAAAAUUUCUUGUUUUGGUCUUGUUUUAGUGUCUAAGAAAUUUUUUUGGGUUGGAAAUGGACCUCAUAGGCAAUUUAAAAGUAUAUAAUAAUUUGGUGAUUAUAUUAUACUUGACAUAACAUGAUAUUUUCAGGCUGGCUAUUCAAGAUUGACCUUAAAUCCCCCGAAGAGCUGAAAGAUCUCAUGGACGAAGCUGCAUACUCCAAGUUCUGUGAAGCCGAGGAAAGCGAAGAAUAA